GGAUCGUCUGCACGCUGACGGCAUAUAAAUAGCCAGGGUAGGUAGGGUGUGUGGCAGAAGAUAUACCCCUAGGGUAGUUGCAGUCCUUGACCCUGAAAGUUACAGUACAUAGGAUCAUUAUUCAAAUACCCACAUCUCGAGGUGCGUUUGGUCUCAGUGCAUAAUCUGCUUCUGGUAACUCAGACGGCGCAAUUCAACGACCGUGGCAUCUUUCCACGACGCUAUCACAAAGGUUUGUCCCGCCGUGAGGCCGAGAUCCCCCGCCUCCCCGGUCUAAGUAUCCGUGCAUACAGGCAUACUAAGUGGCUAGCUAGGCACUUGAUGCUGCGAUUGCAUGUUUGUGACUUUGCUAGUUAGUGUGAAGUGUAGACUAGUUGUUGCCCUUGUGAGAGCAAUCUAGCCAGCUCAGAAGACUCGAUAACCAGCGCCAAGACAGGUCACCAACACUAGGAAAUAUGUCGGUGCCGAUAACUGAAGUGGACGAUGUCUUUGUUGAGGGGCAUCAAGAGAAAGUCGAAAAGUCAAAGUCCCUUCCCGCCGAUAUACCAUCACCCCUACUCUCCCGCGCUUCGACAAUCGCACCCCCGACCGAGCACUCAAAUGGCUCAACGCCGGAUCUGGCGCCUGAGCCGGACGCAACGCUGAGCACCUAUCCUAGUGGGUAUGCAUUAUGGCUCGUCAUUGCGGCUCUCGUGUCGAGUAUCUUUCUGAUCUCGCUGGACAUGACUAUCGUGGCGACAGCCAUCCCAUCCAUCACGGGAGAGUUCGGCGGUAUCCAAGACCAGGCAUGGUACGGCUCAGUGUUCUACAUGACGGCCGGCGGCUUUCAGUCGACAUGGGGCAAGACAUAUAGAUAUUUUCCUCUAAAGCUCAGCUACUUGACGGCCAUCUUCAUCUUCGAGGUCGGAAGUCUCAUCUGCGGGGUUGCGCCCAACUCGGUCGCCUUGAUCAUAGGCCGCGCCAUAGCAGGUGUAGGAGCCGCAGGCGUUGGAUGCGGUUCAUACAGCAUCAUUACCUUCAUCGCGGAGCCUAAGAAGCGAGCAUCUUACACUGGACUUCUCGGUGCCAUUUUUGGCGUGGGAAGUGUCCUGGGCCCCUUACUAGGUGGCAUUUUCUCCAGCACGAUCAGUUGGCGAUGGUGCUUCUAUAUCAACCUUCCGAUAGGAGUUAUUCCCGUCGCGAUUAUCGUCUUUCUGUUCAAUGCGCCGGAGAACGCGAAACCUCAGGAGGCGCGCUUCACAGAAAAGCUGCUGCAGAUGGAUCCAUUAGGCACUACACUCAUGAUGGCCAUCAUUAUCUCGUAUCUUACAGCUGUCAAUUACGGCGGCCAGUCCUAUCCGUGGUCCUCGUCUGUCGUCAUUGGACUCUUGGUCGGCGUUGGCGUAAUCAGCAUUGCCUUCGGCCUAUGCGAAUGGUGGCAGGGCGAGCGAGCCAUUAUUAUACCCCGCCUUUUCAAGCGACGCGAGAUUGGCCUUUCGGCUAUUUUCUCCAUCCUCCAGGCCGGUGGCUUUUUCAGCAUGAUCUACUACCUUCCCAUAUACUUCCAGGCCAUUCGAGGAAGUAGCCCUAUCAUUUCGGGCGUCCAAAAUUUGCCUUACAUCCUAUCAGCCAUGGCCGGCGCUCUUGGCGGAGGCAUCUUCAUCUCCGCAACCGGUCAAUCUACCCUACUUAUGAUUGUUGGAAACGCAUUUGGCAUCCUUGGAUGCGGCCUGUGCUACACGUUCGAUAUUCACACUUCCAUCGGUAAAUGGAUUGGUUUCGAAAUCAUUGCAGGAUUUGGUCUGGGAGCUUCACUCCAAAUCCCUGUCAUCGUCGGCCAAGUGAGUGUAGGGUCAGCAGACUUAUCUUCGGCGACUGCUAUUAUGCUUUGCUUCCAGACUCUGGGCGGCGCAUUUUGGGUUGCAGCCUCCCAGGCCGUCUUGGUCAAUACACUACUACUCAGUCUGCCAAGCGCGGCACCUGGAGUAGAUCCAAAGCUCGUACUAGCUACCGGCGCGGGACAACUGCGCGAUGUCUUUACCAAAGCAGAGCUCUCCGGCAUACUGCUUGCUUAUCUUGAGGGGAUAAGGGCUACUUUCAUCUUAUCCACGACUGUUGUAGCCGCUGCAUUCGUUGUGGCCUUCUUCCUGCCAUGGAGAAAGCUGGACCUUGAGGCUGUAAAGAACGCUGGGGCUGCUUGAGGACAUAAAGUGAGCCGUAGGUACCGGAUUGUGUUCUUCACAUUGUAUUUAGAUUUCUAGUACAUGCGUUUCAAUUUCUGCAUAUGGUAGGCUAGCACAUAGAUCAAAGACUUUUGCUUCAAAUUCCCAUGUUGGGUCUUGGUCACUCAA